UGAUACCUUGACGAACACUUCCGGAUGACUUUUGCAAUUAAAAAGUAGUGUAAAAUAUUUAAAAAAAAUACAUUCGCAUCAUUACUAAACAUAUAAGACAUACCAUUUCAAACUUAAUGAGGAAUAAACUAAUUUCAAUUAUAUUUCUAACUGUAGUUGUUUUACUUCCUCGUGUGACAAGUCACGCUCUCUGAACUGCGUUGAAGCUAUUUGUGUAGAUCCAAACGUCCAAACACCACAUCAGCAAUAACCUGCACAUCUAUAAAGUACACUUCGCCGUUGUUGUGGUCAGUGAGAUUAUAUAGUCAUACCUGAAAGUCGGAGGGGUGUGGUGACCGCCAGUGUCUCUGAGGGAAGCCACGGAGGAGCCAAGAAAGUCGCAGCUGCCUCAUUGACAGCUGCAGGAUGAACGACACAAGCUCCGCUCAUGUUUACGACAAGAUGAACCUAGAGGAGUACUUCCAAAGAAUCGGCUUCUGCGGCCCACGAGACAAAGCGGAUCUGGCCACACUGAAGCUGAUCCACAAGCAUCACAUCAUGUCCAUCCCCUUCGAGAACCUCAACAUCCACUGCAACGAGAGGAACAUCAUGGACCUGGAGGUCAUCUUCGACAAGGUAGUGAGACGGAACCGUGGCGGAUGGUGCCUUGAGAACAACUUCCUGUUCUCCUGGGUGCUGAGGGAACUGGGCUACGGCCCGACCAUGUUGUCCUCCAGGGUUUUCAGCGGCUCCGCCGGGGAUUUUGGACCCUACGAUAGUCACCUCAUCAACAGGGUGGACAUUGAGGGCGUGGCUUACAUAGCAGAUGUGAGCUUCGGGGUGUCGUCGCAAAUAUGGGAGCCGCUAGAGCUCGUCCACGGGAAAGACCAGCCUCAGGCGGCCGCCGUGUUCCGUCUCCUGGACAAGGGAGAGGUCUGGAUUCUAGAGAAAACGAGCAGAAAGCCGGUGAUCCUCAACCCGGAGUUCGCCAGCAACAGUCUGGUAAACAGAAAGUUGACAAAGACGCUGUACUGCUUCAAAAUGACGCCCCGUGCGCACGAGUACUUCUUAGACGUCAACGACGCGCUUCAGAAGGACCCGAGCGCGCUUUUCACCAACAAGUCCAUCUGCUCCUUACAAACGCCCUCGGGUUUCAGGGCCCUAAUUGGCCACACCUACACCGAGGUGGCCUUCAAACCCGAGGACGGCGUCGACGUCUUCGAUAUGAGGGACGUGCCCGAAGACGAGAUAGAGCAGGUUCUGAGGGAGAAGUUUAAUGUCCGCUUGCCAAACAAACUACAACCUGUCAACAACACGUAUUCUUACACACUCUGAUUCCGUUAUUCCCAGGGGCGGAGCACCAAAUUAAACCCAAGGCCUCCGCCCCAUACUCACACUCAUGGUAUAUUUUCAUGCAUUAAGAACUAAAUAUUGAAUGGAUUAGGUUGGAACCAUCUUUUUAAAACACAUGUUGUGGAAGUACUUCCCCACCAGAGCUAAGCAUGUAGGUUUUAACAAGGUUUCAAUCAUCAAAUUGUUUUCACAAAGUUCUCUCUCAAGCAGACGGCGACUUUUCAGCCACGUCCGUAUCCUCUCUCCCCCUCCUGCUCCCAGCGGCUUACUGUUAAAGGCCUUCUGAAAACUACUACUACCGACCACGCAGUCUUAUAGUUUAUAUAUCAAUGAUGAAAUAUUAACAUUGCAACACAUGCCAAAACGGCCUUUUUAGUUCACUAAAUUGCCAUUUUAAAUAACCCGCGAGUUUCUUGUUGAAAACGUCGCGGAAUGAUGACGCGUGCGCGUGACGUCACGGACUGUCAGGAAAUAUUAGCGCUGCACCACUAGCGGCUAAAAGUCGCCUGCUUUAAUCACAUAAUUACACAGUAUUUUGGACAUCUGUGUUGCUGAAUCGUUUGCGAUUUGUUCAUUUAAUAAUUGAGACUAUAAAGAACAAUGCUGUUGGUGGAAAGCGGUGGAUUGCAGCUGUCUUUAGCACCGAGACACAGCCGGUGUUUCUUUGUUUGUUGUGAAGCAGAGCGGUUAAGCGAACAUGUUUUCGCUACGUCAACCAGCAUGUUUUUGGAUGGGAAAAUUGUGAUCUAUAUAUCUUACCGGAUACAUCAUUGGAUUAUUUGUCGUCCUGUAGCAGCUAUCAAAAAAGGCAGCUGUGAGCUUGGCUCCUCGGCUUCUCUCUGAGACACUGCUUGUUCACCGCAGCCAUCCGACCUCGAGGUAUGUCUUUACAAUCUUUACAAUCUCACUAAAACACUAUUAAAACAAUAAGCAGAUAAAGGAUCUUCCAGAAUUAUCCUAGUAAAUGUGUAAAUUACAUCUGAAACGCUCACACUGCCGCCGCCCGGAGCCGUCGCUUAUUUUUUUCUUCUAGUCCUUCACUAUCAAUAUCCUAAUUCACAAAUCUUUCAUCCUCGCUCAAAUUAAUGGGGAAAUUACCACUUUCUCGGUCCUAAUUGCUCUAACUGCUGGUGGCUCCCAUUAUAAACAACGUGAAUAUGUGUGGAGCCCUGCAACUCGUGACGUUAUGCGCACAUACUUCCGGUAAAGGCAGGGCUUUUUUAUUAGCAACCAAAAGUUGCGAACUUUAUCGUUGAUGUUCUCUACUAAAUCCUUUCAGCAAAAAUAUGGCAAUAUCGCAAAAUGAUCAAGUAUGACACAUAGAAUGGACCUGCUAUUCCCGUUUAAAUAAGAAAAUCUCAUUUCAGUAGGCCUUUAAAGACAACAGACGAUUAGAUUAACACGUACACUCCAAAAAGUCAGUGUUCAAAAACAAGAAAAAAAAAAUACAAAAAUUAGGGGUAUUUUAUUUGAACUAAGCAAAAUAAUCUGCCAAUAAAACAAGGAAAUUUCUCUUGUCAAGACUUUCCAAAACAAGUCAAAUUAGCUAACCCCAAUGAACCCAAAAAUACCUUAAAGUAAGUGUAUUGUCACUAAUAAAAUGUGCACUUUUCUUGGUAGGAAAAAAAGAGACCUUUUUGCUCAAUAUGUUGAAAAAUAUUCUUAAAUUAAGUAAAUGUAGUGCCAUUAUCUCAAUAUAAUGAUAUGCACUCGGCAUCAUGAUUUUUUUUUUUUCAUGCUUGAAGUAAGAAAUUAUUACUUCAAAAAUGUAGUUUUAUACUUGUGAUUGUUAUGACACAGCUUUGCAUCAGUUGAUAUUCUAGUUUCAAGCAUGUUUUACUCAAUAUAGGUCAUAAAAUCUAAUAAUAGCAAUAUCUUACUGAAAUAAUUUAAGACCAAAACCCUUAAAACAAGCAAAACACUAACAUAAGAUAUGCUUAGUGAGAACAAUUAUCUUAUCAGACAGAAAAUAAGCAAAUAUCACCCUUAUUUGAGAUAUUUAAUCUUACUUAGAUUUCAGUUUUUGCAGUGUACCACCUGUGAAAUCUAAUUACCUGCCAGCGGUGUCUCGCCAUCAGCACACGAUGGUGCUCGUCCUCAGGACCAUAGCCAGAGGCGGUGACUUUUCCUCCUGCAGGCAGCGCUGACUCCACCUCCCCCCACACAUGUAAAAUGAGCUUUUGAACUUUUUGAAGAUGGGAUUAACAUAUCUACACCAUAUCUCAAAUUUAUCUCGAUAAACCCACAACAUUUUUUUUUACAGAAAAGUGCCAACACAUUUAAUAUAAAGUGGCCAGUAUAUCAUUUUAAAUAUUCAUUGAAACCCGCCCAGCAGGCACAAGACUUUAAAACCUAGGUCUCAAAGUCAAGGCCCGACAUAUCUCGAAUUUAUCUUGAUAAUCCCACAAAAUAAUUGUUUGUUUUUUUUUACAGAAAAGUGCCAACAUAUUUAAUGUAGAGUGGCCAGUAUAUAAUUCUAAAUAUUCAUUGAAACCCACCCAGCAGGCACAAGACUCUAAAACCUUGGUCUCAAAGUCAAGGCCCGCGGGCCGGACCUGAAAAGUUUGAUUGAUUAAUUGAUUAGUUGAUAAAAACUGCAAAAUGAUUCGUUCCACCUGGAUAGGCAAACCUAGUAUGGAACAUUUCUUGCAACACAGACGUCAUAACGUCAUCAAAGCUCACUUUUAUGCAUCUACACACAACAAGGACGAGGUGACAAAAGAAAGUUAACAAUAUAAUAAAGCUUUGUGUAGCACCUAGGUGUCAAAGUCCAGGCCCGCGAAUAAAUGAUCUAUGGCCCCCGGGAUGAUAUUUGAUUAGUAUUAGAACCGGCCCGCAGGCCACAGCCACCCGCUGCUGUUUUGCACGCUCCAAUACUCCAUGCCCCACAAUGCAACGGUAGCCCGCAAACUCACUACAGCACCGCAAGUGGGCCUCGGCUUCUUUAUUCAUCGGCAUUCAUUGCAGAUGUCAACUUUCAGCAACCCAUCCAUCCAUCCAUCCAUUUUCUACCGCUUAUUCCCUUUUCUGGGUUGCGGGGGGGAGGGGGGGGGGGCUGGCGCCUAUCUCAGCUACAAUUUCAGCAACCCAUUCCACAAUAAUGGCUAAACGGAAGGUGGACUCCACACGUGACCUGUGUGGAGAAAGUAGUGUUGUCCCGAUGCCAAUAUUUUGGUAUCGGUACCAAAAUUGUUUCAAUGCUUAUAGGUACUUUUCGAUACUUUUAUAAAUAAAGGGGACCACAAAAAAUUGCAUUAUUGGCUUUAUUUUAACAAAAAAAUAGGGUACAUUAAACAUAUAUGAGGCGGUAUAGCUCGGUUGGUAGAGUGGCCGUGCCAGCACCUUGAGGGUUCCAGGUUCGAUCCCCGCUUCCGCCAACCUAGUCACUGCCGUUGUGUCCUUGGGCAAGACUCCCAGUGCCACCCACACUUGUUUAAAUGUAACUUAGAUAUUGGGUUUCACUAUGUAAAGUGCUUUGAGUCACUAGAGAAAAAGCGCUAUAUAAAUAUAAUUCACUUCACUUAUGCUUUUUAUUGCAAGUUUGUCCUUAAAUAAAAUAGUGAACAUACUAGACAACUUGUCUUUUAGUAUUAAGUAAACAAACAAAGGCUCCUAAUGUUCAUUUUCCAUUCUAUUAUUUUGUCAAAAUUAUUAAGGACAACUGGUAGAAAAAUUAUAUGGCGAUAGGUUGCUUGGCAACUCUAAAUUGGCCCUAGUGUGUGUCGUCUCAAUUUAAAAAGAUUUCGCAACGGCUGCGAUCAAGUGGUGACUUGUUUCCAGGGUCUACCCCGCCUUCUGCCAGAAUACAGCUGGGAUUGGCUCCAGCACCCCUGCAACCCAGAGAGGGACAAGCGGUAGAAAAAAGGAUGGAUGAAUGAAUGGCUGUAAUGCUGUUUUAAAGGACUUGUAUGUAUAAUCAAUGUUGUGCCAAUGUCUUGUACCUGCUGGGUGUUCACUUUAAUAUCAUUAUGAAUCUGUCAAAUAUUCCUUUACUUCAGAUUAUAAAGUAGAAAUUAGCUGAUACACAUAGAAUUAUCAGUGGAUAAUACAAAUAAUAUAAUACCUAAUUAUUAUUAUUAUCGUUAUGAUUAUAUUUUUAUCAGUGUAGGGUUAGAGCUCCCCGUCUUUAAAACCUUGUGACGCCUCCGUUUCUUACUUUAAUAGAGGGUCCUUGAACGCACCAAAGUUAUGUGCAGUGAGAUGCAAAAGGGAAGCUUGUUCAAAACUUUCUUCUAUGCUACCCAUAUAGAUUUUAUUCUAUUUUUUUACCUUUCUUCCAUCACCUUAUGCUUGUUACAAAAUGCAGGUGCUGUGUGCUUAAAGAUGAGCUUUGAUGACUUUACGACGUCUGUGUUGAAUCGUGUGAGAAGUUGGGAACGAACCAUUCCGCAUUUUUAAUAGGAGCUGUGUCAACCAUCUGAUGCCAUUAGUACUACUGUACUUUUUGUGACAUUUUUGCUCGGUUGUGUGCAACAAUUUUUUUUUUAUGUAAACUACGUGCUUCACCCUCAUUUUAGUAACAACUUGGAAAUACAGUAGUACCUCAAUUUACUGUACUGUACUGGUUCUCCGACAGCACAUUUAACUCAAAAUACUUGACAUUAAUUGAAAUCCAUUUAAUUGUUGCCAGCCCCCUCCCCGAAAAACAGCACAAUUCUAACGUAAGAUGCCUUUUAAAAAGAAAACUAAACUUUUAGAUAAAAAGGAUGAAUCAGAAUAGUAGUACAUAGGGCUGCAGCUCUAUUGAUUAGUUUGUUUCAUUGAGUAAUGUGAUACAAUGCACGUUUUUAUAAAAAAGAUAUACAUAAAAAUAUUUCAUCCAAAAUUAAUUGAAGAAGAAAUAUUUAUAUAUAUAUUUAUAUUUCAUCUUCAAUCAUUUUUGGAUGAUAUAUAUAUAUAAAUAUAUAUAUAUAUAUUUUUUUUUAAAUUUAUUUUAUUAUUUUUCUUCAAAUAUUUUCUUGAUUUGAUGUGAUGAUGUGUUUAAUAAAUAAUAAUAAUUAAAAAAAAUAAGUUCAAAAAACACUUCAUAGCCACAACGCCUAUUUUAGGGAAAAUAGUUAAAAUAAAAAAAUGUUCCGUCUGCCAUAACUUUCAUAUUUUUGGAAGAUAAAUGCACAACAGUCAACAUUGAAAUUCCACUUUUAACAUAUGUGCAAUAAUAAACAUUUUUAUAAAAAUCUCCCACCAAACAGACCAGGGCACCCACAUGCCACUAUUUUAAUGUGCGUUCUAUUACAACGGCCUUGUGUCAACCACAUAUUUAAAGUUCCAGGAACUCUGUGCACUCAGGAUUAUAUGCAUUUGUAUUAGUUACUCUCAUUAAAUGAUUAAUCGAAGCAACAGAAUAAAAAUCAAAGCUUUUCUCUAAUUGAGACAAUUUAAUUGUUGCAGGAUUAGUAGUACAAACAACUAAAGUAUUUUUUGAAUCAAUAAUAAUGUACAGAAUUUCCCUUGGAGAGAGGACUUCUAUAGUAUCAACCUCCAGCUGCUUCUCUGUCAAACACACCAUCAGCAGCUUCUCCAUAUUUUCAUGGAUAAAAGUAUGUCGUUUAGAUAUGAUUCAAACAUUCUUGGCUGGUGUUAGACUCUUUCUGUUCAGAACGGCGGAGACUGGCCUUGCUACGCUUAACCCACUUGUUCAUAUUUUUAAAGAUUUAUUUCUUUAAUUUCUCCACAUUUUCUCAGCAUUCACUAUGCCAACUAAUGGCAUGGAUGCUUGUAACUAUUUUUUUUAAUUUUUUUUUGCAAUUUAAAGCAUAAAAAUAAGCGGAGAGAAAGCUUUUAUCUAAAACCCUCUUAAAUUAUGAAGCUGCACUAAAAGAUUAUUUGGCACAUGACAGACGUGCCAAAGAUGUUUUUAUUUGGAUGUUUUUUGUGUUUUCGAUAUAGUUUGCAUGGAAAAAUUAUUUGAGAUAUAGUUUUACAUGGAGUUGUUCAUUACUGCUCUUCUUGACUAAACAGAGGCAUCACACUAUGAAUUAUGAAUUAUUUGUAAUAAUAUUUUUAGUUUAUAGCUGUACUUUUGUCUAUUUUGUUGUAUCCUAUUUUGACAGCUACAUAAAAAAUGUUUAAAAAAAAAAACUAUCGCUUGAAUUUAAACUUAGCCUGGUUUUUGUCAUUUUGUAUAUGCCAUGCCACUUUUAUUUAGUCAUAUAAUAAAUAUAAAGACUUUUCUUGAA